CGAACGAGCGAGAGGGCAAGACUGCGCACGGGAACGCACACAGUCAUACCGCUGGGAACAGGGCAGUGACAGCAGCAGCCAGCUAUGGCAGCGCAGCCAGCAGCGAGGAAACACAACCAGCCGCACCAGGGAGAAAGUUGAAAAUAGUGAAAAUAUUACACGCACACACCCGCGCCAAGGGUGCGAAAGAGAGAGAGUGAGUGGGUGAGCGAGGGAAGUGCGUGAUUGCGUCCGGGGAAAAGUGUGCGUAGUUGCUCGGACAAUCGCGUGCCUGCCUUUGCGUGCGUGUCCCGCUGGCUGUGUGCGUGUUUGUGUGUGUCUGUCGAAUCGUGCGUGCCCGUGCGUGGCGCUGUGUACAGUGUGUGUGUGUGUGUGUGCGGACACCCGUUCGGGCUAACGGGUGUUUUUGGUGCGAUCGGGAUUUUGGGUGCGGUGUGUGUGCGCGCGCGGUGUACUGACCUGACCUGGCAAAACGGGUCUGGUGCAUGUGUGUGUGUAUGUGUGUGCGUGAGUGUGUAUGUACGCGCGUUCCGUGUGCGUGAAAAGUGCGUGAACUUUCCCUCGCGUGAAGCAGCAGCAGCAGCAGCAUCAACAGCAGGGCAACAAACCGACAUCCGACCGCUGCCGCUGGGUUAGUACGGAGCUUUUUUUGUGGUGACGCACCACCACAACCACCAGCAGCAGCAACAACAACAACACGGUAGUGCCAGGUGGUCAUUUGGCCAGGUAUUUGGCCAGGUGGUCGGUCAGUCUGUCCCACGGUUUGGGAUCGAAAAACCCAAAAUCGUUGUGCAAACCGGGGCAAGCGAAAGGGUCACUGGCUGGAGAGGACGCAAAAGAAACAGAAGAAGCAGCGGCGGCGGCGGUACAAACACCCACACGGUUGGCCAUCAAUCAAACAAGGAAGAAAAGGGGGGAAAAGAAUACACACACAAAUAGAGACACUCGCCGUGGCGAAGAGGAGGUCGCGAGAGCGUCACUUCCCGACCAAUUCCCGGACGGUCCAGCACCCGUCCGCGAACAAGAAAGGAAGGCAGCAGAAAGGUUAGCGGCGGCGGGGCUCGCCCACCGCCCAUCGCCCGUGUCCAUCGAACACCGAUACUUCCCAUCACCCCCGCCUUCCUGCAGCGCCAGCACCGCUGCCCCAUUCACUAGGUACCGUUUGCAACAAUUGCGCCCGCCACGGCGAGCGCGCGGGGGCAAAUCGGAAAUUAAAUAAAAUAAAACCGCACCGCCGUCGCCGCCGCCCCGCGCGAUACGACGACACGUUCUAACCCGCGCGCGCGUGUGUGUGUGUCUGUGUGUCAGUGUGUGUCUUCAUCAUCAUCAUCAUCACCCAUCAGCGCUGCCUCAGCAACAAAACUCAGCAACAAUCAACUCGGCAACCUCGGUUUGCCCCUCAAAAGCAGCAACAGAAACUACUCACAAUCAUCAACGCACCGUUUUCCCCAAAAAAAAAAAACGAAAAAAAACUACUUCGCGCGCCUCGCGAAACGCAAUCAGCCGGAUGAACUUUUCGCUGUCCCGCAAAAGGAGCAGCAGCAGCAGCGGGGAGUGGCAGCGAAGGGUACACUGACCGGGAACUUCCCUCCCCACUACAGCCCGAAGUACCGUAUGAAAGCAGCACGGGUCCGCUAGUAGCAGCAGCACCGAAACGCAACCAGCGAAAGAAAAAUCGCAACCCCCCGCCCUAAAACACGCCCGAAAAUUGAGCGAUAACAAGAAGAAGGGGGGAAAAACAGCUGGACGCGCGAGCGCGUGUGUGUGUGUGCGAGUACACGCAUCGGUGCCCCGCGUGCCCGCCAUCGUCUGGUCGCGCCGUCACACCGCACACCGCAGGCAACCUUUAAACGCAUCCGCCACACCUCCGGCGAGGGACAUACCGGACCCGGCUCGGUGUGCGUGUGUGUGUGCAGUGUGCGUCCCGGAUACGGAUGACCGUAUCCCCCGGCCGGCCAUUAUGGCUGAGGAAGUGACGGCCGUGCUGCGGAUGAGCAAGGAUGGGACGACGUUCGGCUUUCUGCUGCGCCAGAUCGACGUCGGCGAGCAUGUGAUUUACAAGAUCAUCGAAAACACGCCGGCUGACAUGUGUGCCAAGGUCGAAAUCGGUGAUAUCGUGAUGAAGAUAAACGGCGUGGAUGUUACUGGAUUGGCAACCAAAGAUGUGGUGAAAUGUGUGCGGGUUUCACCGAACCCGAUGACGCUGCAGCUCCGAAAAGAUCCGCAGGUGAAGAGCCGCGUGUACGAGAUGAUUAAGUCGACCUCGCCGGAACGGGUGCUGCACCAUCAGCUGCACCAGCAGCAGACGCCCACGGCCCAGGGCCCGGAAGAGUUUACCGUGGUGCUGCGGCGCAAGCAGGAGGACACGCGGCUCGGCUUUGUGGUGCGCGCGACCGACCUGCUCGAUCACGUGAUCGUCGAGAUACGGCAAGAUUCGCCCGCCGCCCUCUGCGGAAAGGUGGAGGUCGGCGAUGUUUUCUUAAAAAUAAAUGACACGGAUGCGCAACAAUUUUCCCCACGUGAUGUAUUAAAAUGUUUAGGACUUGCUACGGAACCGAUCACGCUGCGCAUGAAGCGAGAUCCGUGGAUAAAGAAAUACCUGCGCGAGCAGUAUCAGCACGAGGAGCAGCAGCUCGUGCUGAGCGACGACUCGAUCGAGUCGCAAUCGUACAAGGUGCGGAGCGACAACACGAACGGUUCCUCGCCGUCGCUGCCGGCGUCGCGCCUAGCGCAGCCGAAGCGCUCCAAGCUGCUGUCGCUCGACUCGGAGCCGAACCUAAACUCGCCGAACGCCGCCCGGACGCCCGGCAACGGCAACCCGUACGCGGUGCGCGAGUGUCUGUCCGAGUCGGCGUGCCGGCCGUCCCGCAUACCGCAGGCGAUCGCGCACAGCAACUGGAGCGCCCCGCAGUCGCCGUCGCGGGGGCGGAAGCCGCCGCGCGCCUCCCAGAUACCGAUGGCCCGGCCGGAUCUGCUCAAGCACCAGCGGUUCGUCAUGACCGGCGAGUCCCAGUUCGAGUCGCGCUACUACGACACGACGACAACGACGACGACCGCGGUCAUUAAGGAGCCACCGGAAAGCGUCCGGGACUCGCCGACCGGGAAUCAGCGGUUUGGUGGUGUCGGCGGCAAGCGCAAGAACGCACCGCUGGUCAACUACGAUACGCUUUCCUCGUCCACCAGCCGGUCGGACGAGAACAGCAACAGCAGCUGCCUGAUGGAGGACAACGCAAACAACGACCCGACGCAGCCGCCCUCGCCCGCCUCCCCCCUCUCGCCAACGGAUGCGGCGGCGGCGGCGGCGGCGGCAGCGGCCAGCGACAAUAAUGGCGGUAAGCUGAACCACGGCUCGAACGGUAACAACAAUCUGCCGGAACCGAGCAAGCCGGCGAACCGCAGCAACGGUGAGGGCGGCACUGACGGUGGUGCGAGUGGAAACCAAAACGCAUACAGCGGCAACGCGACGACAGCAGGCGAUGAUGCGGCCGCCGGUCGGGAGGGCGUUGCAUGGGCGAAAGACUGUGAUAGUUCGGCCGGCGGUGGUGGUGGUGGUGGGGGCACGCGGACGAAUAAUGAGGCCGCCGCCCGGCAGCGCCAUACAGGGGCGGGGUCGCGCUCGCGGGGCGAUCCGAGCGAGAUUAGCUACUCGGUGCCAACGUCCCCCACCACGUACAGUGUGGGUGGUGGCGGCGGAGGCGGUGGUGGUGGCGGUGGCGGUGGUCCCGGUGGGGGCAGCGAGUAUCAUCAUCACCAUCAUCACCACCAUCAUCUGCUGUCGUCGGGCGGUGGUGAGCAGUAUCGCAAUAACAACGAGAUGGGCAUCAACUCGCUACCGACGAGCCCGGAGUAUGGAGGCGCAGCAGGAGGUGGCGGGGGCGUAGGAGGAGGAGGUGGUCAGCAGGUGUUCCGGUACGGGGCCGGCUCGGUGACCGAACACUCCUCGAACGGUGGCUGUGGUGGUGGUGGUGGUGGCAGUGGCGGAACGGGCGACAUGAGCAGCGGCGAGCUGACGGCCAACACGAACAUGAGCUCCGGGUCGGGCCCGGCCAGCGGCAUGAUACGCAAGUGUGACGCGGCCGGCUUCCGCACCAGCCGCUCGGAGGACCAUCUGCAGCAGACGCAGCGGGACGGCGGCAUCGGGGCGGUGGUUUCGAUCGACAUCGACGAGGACGUGAACAGCUCGCUCAACACGCUGCUCGACACGCGCCACGAUUCGCAGGAGUACGCGAUAUCGGAACGCGAGCGGUUUCUCUGGUCGUACAACGCGCAGCCAGCUCCAAAGACUACGGCAGCCGGGGGCGGGACGGAGGGCGCGACCGGCCACACCAGCGAACCGGGUGGUGCUGCCAGCGUGGUCUCGCCCCAGUCCUACUCCAGCUCGGUCAGCUCGUCGCCCCAGCGCUCGGCCAGCGAUAGUCCGGCCUCACCUACCUCCGUCUCGAGCUCGGUCAUGUCUUCCUCUGGCGGGUCGCGCGAACACUCGCACAACGGGCAUGCGGGCGGAACGAACAGUUCCUCGAUCGCUAACAAUCUGCCGGGAGGCAAUCACUACCACCAGCAGCAGCAGCAGCAGCACUCGCACCAUCAGCAUCACUCACAGCACCACCACCACCACCACCACAACAACCAGCAGCAGCUGCAGCAGCAGCACCAUCACCAUCAGCAGCAGCACUCCUCCGGCGGUGGCCAGCAGCAGCAGCCCGGGUACGGCGGCGGUGGCGGCGGCCGCGAUCACAGCGUCUCGGAGGCGGUCUCGAACAUCUCCAGCCCCGACUACCAGGACGAGCACGAUCUGCUCAGCACCAAGGACCUGAUGGCGAUGGCGAUCAGCGAUCCGAGCGACUCCGACUCGACCAUCCUCAUCUCGGAGAACACGCACCGGUGCGACCUGCCGCUGAGCCACUCGGACCGCGACCACAAGCUGGUGAUUCAGGUGAAGUCGGGCGAGCUGGGCGGCGCUGCCGACGGGUCGGCCGGGCGCCACCUGACCGACGCGGAGGAAGACUACGACGGGGCCCGCUGUCUCGCGCUGCUCAAGGAGGCGGAACGGUCCGAGCUGGACAGCUUCGACGCGAUGGACUGCGACGGCAUGAUGCUGCAGAUGCCGGGCCCCAACAGCGGGCUGGUGCCGGCGGGCCACGCGGGCGACGGCAUGCUCGCGUACGGGGGCAGCGUGACGCGCGAAUCGUCCCCGCCCGUGUCCGACGAUGGUAGCGACGUUGACUCGCUGCACUCGUUCCACUACUCGCCGAAGGCGGUCGAUCUACCGUCGGCCGAGCGGCUGGCCAAGCGGCUCUACUACCUGGAGGGCUUCAAGAAGAGUGACGUUUCGCGACAUCUCUGCAAAAACAACGAUUUCAGCCGCGCCGUCGCCGAGGAGUAUCUAAAGUUCUUUUUCUUCGAGUGUCUCACGCUGGACAAGGCGCUGCGCCUGUUUCUGAAGCAGUUUUCACUGACCGGCGAAACGCAGGAGCGGGAGCGUGUGCUGGUACACUUCUCCAAGCGAUACCUGGACUGCAAUCCACGCUCGUUCAAUUCCCAAGAUGCUGUGCAUACGUUGACCUGUGCUAUUAUGCUGCUAAAUACCGACCUGCACGGACAGAACAUUGGCUCCAAGAUGACGUGCGCCGAGUUUAUUGACAAUCUGAGCGACCUGAACGACGGCGAAAACUUCCCCAAGAAUGUGCUGAAGCAGCUCUACUAUUCCAUCAAGGAGAAGCAACUCGAGUGGGCACUCGACGACGAAACGGAUCCAAAGUCGGGCAACCGCAACGGCGACGGCAACGGCAACGGUGGCAAUGGCAACGGGCUCGGCGGCAACGGUGGCGGCGGUGGGGACGGUGGACCGACCGGUGGCAGCCUGCAGGGGCCACCGGUCGGGCCGAACCCGUUCCUCGAGGCGCCGCCCAUGUUUGCGGCGGUCGAGUACAAGAAGGGCUACGUGAUGCGCAAGUGCUGCUACGACACGAACUACAAGAAGACAUGCUGCGGGUUUGUUUGUUCGCUUGCAGCACCGUUCGGCCGGCGGUCGUGGAAGAUGUUCUUCUGCACGUUGCGCGACCUGGUGCUGUACCUGCACAAGGACGAGCACGGCUUCCGGAAGAACCAGAUGUCGGACAACGUGCACAACGCGAUCCGCAUCCACCAUGCGCUGGCGACGCGCGCGAGCGACUACACCAAGAAGCAGCACGUGUUCCGGCUGCAGACGGCCGACCAGUCGGAGUUUCUGUUCCAGACGAGCGACUCGAAGGAGCUGCAGUCGUGGAUCGACACGAUCAACUUUGUGUGCGCCUCGUUUUCUGCCCCGCCGCUCGAGGGCGGUGUCGGCAGCCAGAAGAGAUUUCAGCGACCGUUGCUACCGUGCACCCACAGUCGCCUGCUGUUGCGCGAUCAAUUGUCAUCGCACGAGCGACAAAUUAACAAGAUAAUGACCCUGCUCGAGGAGCACAAGAUGUCGACCGCACCACCGAAGGGGCUGGCCCUGCAGAACUACAAGGAAAAGGAGGUGUAUCUGCAGUAUGAGCUGAAGCGAUACAAAACCUACUACAACCUGCUCAGCUCGCGGUUAACGAUGGAGCCGCAAGAUUUCACCAACCAGCAUCAGGUCAGUGCGGCCGCCCUGAACGAUACUGGCGAGCGGCGGGACGACUCAACGUGCAGCACGAUGCUACCGCUCGGUGGUGGUGGUGGCGGCGGCGGCGGCGGAGGCGGCUACGAGUACGGUGGCAACAGUCAUCCGGGACCGGGCCAGCAGCGGACGGCGACUAAUGCCGGUAACCUAAUGCCAAACUUUAUCCAGCAGCACCAGGGCCAGGGUGGCGGGCCCGGGCUGAACGCAACCGGCCGGUCGGGGCUGUCGCCGCCGGAUACGACAGCGCUCGGGCAGCUGCCCCGCGUCGCGACCGAAUCCACCAACAGCCUGUAGGCGUGUGCGACCGGCUGGUUCGGCCCAUUCUUCACCCCCGAUCCCGCAGACAGCAGCGAGCGGUCGGUAGCGCUGUGAAGGGACGGGGCGUGAAUUUAAACCGAAACACGCUGGGAAACCCGAAACGAAACUUGUGUGUGCAUAUAUAUAUUUAGAGAGAUAUAUAUAUAUACUAUAAACAUUACUGGUAGGUGACGCGGUCAGACAAAUCCGAUAGAAGUAUUUCGCACUAGUAUUCACAGACGCGCGCGGAUGCUUGUUUUGCAUUCCAAAUUUGACAACGUGUGGCAUCAUCUGCCUGUCAUCCGCCUGGAAAGUUAAAUUAGCAACAAAACGAAAAAAGAAAAGAAAAACGAAGGGAAGAAAAAGUAAUACAAAGGUAAAGCAUUAAUCGCAUUUAUGAAAGUAGCGCUCCUCUAACGUUCCCUUCCUGCUUCCUACUACCUGCCUCUUCCCCUCCCUUUCACCACUGUCUGUCGUUUCCUACUUAAACACGCGCUGGAAGCAUUGCCGGCUCCCCGCGCCGAGCAAAAUAGCCAAAAGGCGCCACCCGCUGCAGUGAUCGUUAGCAUUUAUUUAAAGCUUAUUAUUAUAUACUCACACACACACACACAGUCUGUUGUAUGUCAUGUGUAACCAUUUGCUAAAGCAGGGUGUCCACCCCCCCCCUCCUCCACCCGACUGCUUUUGCCUGACGGUUUACUACUUACGGCAAAAGAGGGGUUCCCCGGCCGCUUGCAGCAACCGGGCCGCGCUUGCUUUCUAUUUAUUUUGGAUGAACUUAUUAUCGAUAUGUAGGCAAAGGCAUUCAUAUAUAUAGCACAUCGGGCGAUGUGCUUUUUGUAAGCGAAAUAAUAGUCACUGGCAGUUUUAGUUUUUGUUCUUUUCCUGCAACCAAAAACCAGAUGAACAAAACACACAGUUAGGGCAAUCGUAGCGGAGUGCACUAUUUCCGGUGGUCGUAGUCAGGUUGUAGUCAACACACACACACAUUAGUAGCAGCAGUUUGAGGUGCUUACCAUUCCCCACAGCAUCCUGCUAACGGAGCGAUCAAAGCACAGUUUUAGGACGGAGUGGAGGGAUGGUACACUGGCAAAUGGGACGUUGAAUCACGCGACGUGCCAAAAUUACGUUUCAAUUACGCAUGUUCGACCGGGGGAGGAAAAGCACGAACCCCCAUCGCAAGGGUGCCCCUUCUAAUACCUCCCUCCCGACUAAGACUGUUGUACAGCCAAAUAGUGAGGAUAGGAACGCGUGUCAGGAGCGAAUUGCAGUCAUUUUCCCGUUUUUCACACACUAAGCAGGGUGGGAAGGGGUCAGGAAGGCAGGGACGGAAGGGACGCUGUGUUGUCAUCACUUUAUAUAGGCUUAAUAGGGUUUAUGAUUCAGAGCCGUGUUUUCGAGAGCAAGUCUACUCUCGCCGGCUGCGAUCGACCAUACCGGGACAAUUGCGCGUUCAUUAUUACAUUCUACUGCUAUACGAUUUAUAUACCUAAGCACACAAACACUUGGAUAGGAUUGUAGUGAGGAUUAUGGUUUUCCCCCGCCCCGCUGAAUUUUCCCAAAAUUUCCUACUACCGGGUUUGUGUUGCUCCUCACAUACGUAACGGAUAGCGUUUAUUGUGUACACUAUUUCGGGAGGCUUCAUCACGCGUGCGUAGAAUUGUUUACAUUUUUUGUAUUUGUUUUUUGUUUUUUUUUUUUUUUUGUUUGUUUGAACUUAUUUGCAACAAUAAUAUGUAAGAGGAGAUAUACAUGGAAGAGGAGAAGGAAAAGAGUUUAUGGGUUUUUUUUUAAACGGAAAAGUUUAAAAACAUCGUAAUCGAGAUGAUGAAAGCUGACCCGCACAGUACCCUUGCAUUUACUGUGUAUGAACGCUUUAAAAAGGAAGAAGAAGAAAAAGACAAAAUUAUAGAACGAAUCCAUUAUUCGGCCUGGUCCGAGGGAUGGGGUAGGGAAGGGGGAAGAAUGCUGGUUGUUGUUUGCAGUGUUGCAGUAUUGCAGUUUAGAUUUGCUUUUUUGUUUAUUUGAUUGUUUUUUUUUUAAUUACGGCUUUCCUCCCAAUUCACUCUCUCUCUUUCUCUCUCUCUAUCUUGCUAACGCUGCCGAGUGUAAUUUGCUACCUUAUUUAUAUUGGAACCUAGUUCAUGGCAUACAAUAACAACAAACAAACAAAAACUGAUGCGAAAACGAAAGGCUGAUUUGGCUGACACACGGUUACAGUAGUGCUGAGGAAGAAACAAAAAAUGGGAAGCUGAAGGAAACAAAAAUGGGAAGAGAACAAGGGGAAAAGAAACGCAUCCUAGGCUAGUUGUUUGAGGUUUUGUUUUGCUGUUUCGCCCCAAUGAGACUGUGUGUAGUUUUACAUUCUUCCACCAAUCGGACACAGGGGUGGCAAACAGGCGAGCGAUGGUGUGUGAUGAUCGUGACUGCUCCUGGUUUGUGUUGGACUUGGACUUUCUUCUUCUUUUUUUUUUAGAAAAGGGUUGUGUUACGCGACCGAACAAUAGUAAGGCGCGAAAGUAUUUAGUGAGAAGCAAAACGUCGUUUGAAGAAAAAAAAAUCCAUAUAGAAGCGGAAGAUAGCGAAGCGUAGGACGGUGCGCUAGCGCAGGGAGCAGGGGCAGGAUAGGGUAAGCGAGAGGAGCGUGCGUGCCUGAGUUCGGUUUCGGCGUCUCCAGUACGGCGGCGGGAAGAAGGUGGACGGCACUGGCAGCCCCCCCUCCCCUCCCCGUUUCGUUUGCAGCAGCAAAAAAGAGAGAAGAGCCGAUCGAUUUCGUGUUAUAUUCCUUAAUACUUAUUACAUAUUACAUAGUGUAUCCCCCUACCCCCCCCUCCCCCUUCCCCCGGCAACAUAUACAUUUGGUCGGUGCUACGAGCCACUACUCCCCCUUCCCUUCCCUUUCGUUCCCUCUUUCAUCCAUCCCCCUCCCUUCCUUGCAACCGACGAGCGGAUAGUGGUAAAAUCAGUGGCAUCACUGUGUGUGUCAACAAAACAAUUAUAAUCACUGUUGAACGUUCAUUUCACUAGCACGUAAGCGAAGAAUAUAAUUUAUAUCUUGAAAAAAAAAGAAACAAACCUAACCUAACGGUUCGUUGCAGCUGAUUACUUGCUUAAUUGCAGUUUGCGCGUGUGUGUGUGUCUGUGUGUAGAACAGUACAGUUUGCUGGGGGAGGGCUGGUAGGAAGGCAUUUUUAGUUUUAUGAUUAACUCAUUACACACACACACACACACGCACACACACUGGCGUUGCCGUGGGGAAAGCACGUACUGUGGCUGGAAGAGGGAAUGAAAAAAAGGUUACAAUUAAUUUGCAUUUAGCUUUACCCCUCCCUCCCCCUCGCUGUAAGUGUUUUCCUUCGGAUGCAAUCCCACAUACCCAAAUGGUUUAACAUCCGAACGAUUUUGUUUUUUUGUUUUCGUUUUUUUUUUUUAUCCACACAAAAGAAUGUAUUGAUUUUUUUUUUCAUUCUGUUUUUCUCGCGAACAAAGAAUACAAUUAUACAAAACCACA